AUGGAUAAGUCAUGGAUGCAUGCGGAUAGAAGAUCAAAGGCAUAUGAGUUAGGUGUGGAAGGAUUUUUGAAUUUUGCUGUAGAAAAUCUUUUAAGUACAACUCAUAUUCGUUGUCCAUGUGUUAAAUGUGAAAAUAUUCAAUUGUUUGGAGUUGGAAUUAUAAGGGACCACUUAUACUUUAAUGGAAUUGACAAAAGCUAUAAGGUUUGGACAUGGCAUGGAGAACCUUGGGAAUGGACUACUAAUACUAGUAGAAAUGUGGAAGAAGACGAGCAAUGUGGGUUCAGUUUUGUUUCUGAAGAAGUAUGGAUGGAUGAUAAUGAUUUAGGUGAUAUUGGAUUUGAUCCUUAUGAGUUUGCCAAUGUGAUUGGGGAUGGAGAUCAACCUUUAUACGCUGGUAGCAAAUUAUUGAUACUUCAAGGAUAUUCGCUUCCAAAAGGGAAUACACUACCUUCCUCUAUGUACGAGGCCAAAAAGACAUUGUCUGCUUUAAGGAUGAGUUAUGAGAAAAUCCACGUAUGUCCCAAUGACUGCAUCUUGUAUAGGAAGGAUAAUGAAGAUUCAACUAAUUGUCCUACUUGUGGUGUCUCAAGGUGGAAGGAAGGUAAAGAUUCAAUCUUGAAAGAGGGUGUGCCAGCGAAUGUGGUGUGGUAUUUUCCUCAAAUUCCAAAGUUUAAAAGGAUGUUUCAAUCACAUAAGACAGCUAAGAGUUUGACUUGGCAUGCUGCUAAAAAAUCAAUUGAUGGUCAAAUGUCUCAUCCAGCAGAUUCCCCGUCUUGGAAACUUUUUGAUGAUAAAUGGCCCGAGUUUGGUAAAGAGCCGAGAAACUUGAGAUUAGCUCUCUCAUCUGAUGGAUUCAAUCCCCACAGUUCUUUAAGUAGCAGAUAUAGUUGUUGGCCAGUUAUCUUAGUUACAUAUAAUCUCCCACCAUAG